GUGAGAGAGAGAACAAACGGUACCACCAACCACUGUGCGGAUGGGCAGGCUUGUGUAGUUAUGGAAGCGGCGCUAAGCAAGCGGAAUCCAGCUUUGAGAUUAGCGGAUUUGGCAGCUAACAAAUACCAUCCCCAUCAGAAUAUGUCAGGUUUCCCGGGGCUGGCGAGUCACACACACGUCCACCCUGGGGAGAUGAGCAACGAUCCUAGUGUGGCUCUCACCUCUUUCGGGCCUGAACACGUGGCUCAGGCCAGCAGUGCUCUCAAACUCAGCCCAUCUCAGCACAUGGUCGGACACCCUGAGACGCAGGCAGCGGCGAUUUUCGGCUCCGCGCAGAACUCGGUCAGUUACUCAGCGGGCCAUGCCCACACGGGCUACGGCAGCGGGAGGGAUUACAUGCUCAGAAGAGAUCUCUCAGCGUCCGCCAUGCAUGGGCUGACUGAGCAGCACCCGGCGUCUUCCUCUCACCACCAUCACCAUCACCACCACGGAAUGUUCCUGUCAACCCCAGGGAGUUACGGACACCCGGAGGUCUUCCCCGGGCUCCACGAGCAGUCUGGUCCGGGCUCCCACCACACUUUAAACGGACAGAUGCGCCUGGGUUUGCCGGGGGACCUGUACAGACCACAACAUUUUAACCACCGAGCCGAGCACUACCCGGCCUCUUCCCUGCACAGUUAUAACUCCAUGAACUUAAACGUUAACCUGGCGGCGGCUCAUCACGGUGCUGGGGCAUUCCUGAGAUAUAUGAGGCAGCCUAUCAAGCAGGAACUCAUCUGCAAGUGGAUCGACCAAGAAGACUCUUCAAAGAAAUCCUGCUCGAAAACUUUCAGCACCAUGCAUGAGCUGGUGAACCAUGUCACGGUGGAGCAUGUCGGAGGACCCGAGCAGAGUGUUCAUGUUUGUUUCUGGGAGGAUUGCCCGAGAGAAGGGAAACCAUUCAAGGCAAAAUACAAACUGGUAAAUCACAUCAGAGUUCACACAGGCGAGAAACCAUUCCCGUGCCCAUUCCCGGCUUGUGGUAAGGUAUUCGCUCGCUCGGAAAACUUGAAGAUACAUAAAAGGACUCACACAGGAGAAAAGCCUUUUAAAUGCGAGUUCGAUGGCUGUGACAGGAAAUUUGCCAAUAGCAGUGACAGGAAGAAACACUCUCAUGUCCAUACCAGUGACAAGCCGUACAACUGUAAAGUUAGAGGCUGCGACAAGUCGUACACUCAUCCCAGUUCCCUUCGCAAACACAUGAAGGUGCACUGCAAGUCUCCGCCACCUCCCCUCACUUCUGGUUACGAGCUCUCCAACACAUCCUUGGGGAUAGUGUCUCCAGCCUCAGAGCCCGUCAGGGGCCGCAAUGCCAGCGUCUCUUCGCAAGUCACUAACCUCAACGAGUGGUACGUCUGCCAGGGGAGCGGGGCAGCCAACAGCCUCCACACAUCUUCAAGCAACGGCACCUCAUCUGACACUGAGGAUGAGGAGGUUUACAGGGACCCAGAUCCCAGGACUAUGCUCUGACAGAUGAGUGUUGCAGGAACGUGCAUAUGGAUGGGCACCUUGAAAAGCGUCAAUCGAGGGUCUGUGACAAUGGCGGCCAUCCAAAUAAUACCAACUAAGGUGUCCUGUGGCCACUUUAAACCAAGUGGGUUCAAUACGCAUAGGAAAACAACUUAAGGGCUACUGACCUGAUCUCAUGCAGCUUUGUGGCCUAUACGUUCAUUUUCUGUGUCAACCAAGAUUGUACUGGGACCAUUGAAGCUGAUGAAACUCACAACUUGAUUUAUUUUUUAAGAGUCGUAAUUACUGAUGAUCAAACGUGACUUAAAGAAAUAAAGCCCAUCAUUCGACCUAUUGCAGUUGAGCAAUAGCGUUUUCUCCCGACCAGAAAACACUGGUCUUUAUUUUUAGUUUGAACAGUCAGACAACACAUUCCCCUCGAGAGCAGGGAGUGUUCCUUUGAGGUCCCGGUUACAGGGUUGCAAGUCGACGGUUUGAACGAAGGGCUACCCCACACUUCAGACACGAUGAUGGGCAAUAUGAUUCAAGCUUGGCUGUGGGUGGGAGGGUUGCGGAAGUCGCCUUAUUUCUGUGAAAUGACCCAGUGCUAGUGGUUCGAUAAUAAAACACACACAAAAGGUACAUACCGUUCCAAAAGAAAAGUUGAAUUAGGACUUUCCUAUUUGACCCCAUGAUAUCAAUACCGAUAAUUUACCAGCCUUUAUUGGGAUAUUGGAACACCAGCCUCUCCUGUGAUUUCCUAUCAUGGCACAGGCAAAAAUAUUCAUAUUUUACUCAUAAUUAUUCAGGCCUUCGUACAAACAAACUAAAGAGCACUAAUAUGUCCUUAGAGGCCAGAAGACGCAGAAAUGACAGUCCUGUCCCUGUAGGAUUUGUACAUAAUUGUUGUGAGCUACGAGUCGUUGAUAUCAUCGUUAGCUACCUUAAGAUCCUCGUCCAUAAAUGUUCUUUUAUUUGUAAAGUAUAAUUUAUUUGCUGAUGUGUAAUAUCUUUCUGUAAUAGUACAGAUACACCAAAGAAUUAUAUUAUUAUGUUUGGUGCAGUUUCGUGGUGUUGAUAAAUCUGUGGUCUGUCAGAACAUUUAUUUUCUGCUUACUUGAAUGAAAUGUGAAUGUGAAAUGUGAAGAUGAAGAUAUGUGAUUGUUUAUUCCUUCAAGGUGCUGCAGUUAAUCGUUGUAACUACAGUGUUGGUAUAUUAUCAUUACCAUGCAUGUGCAGUUGUUUUGUAUUCCAUUUCCAUUAACAAACACCGCCCAGAAUCCCUGAUUGGAAUCUACAAAUCUACACCCAAAAUGCAGUUGCGAGAUGACAUUUUCUUCAAAAUAAUGAAUGGUCCACGUGUAUUUCCAUUAGAAACGUGUUUCAGUGACGGAGGUUUAGCCGUGUGACAAUGUAUUUUCAAAUUGUGAAUAAACAAAUAUUGUUUUUUUUUC